UACAAUGCGGGGGGAGAGAUUUCUCCAGAAGAAAAAAGAACUUCAAGCAAAGCUUGUCUCGCAAGAUAAUUCCUGGAGAGUUGUGUUCUUCCGUACCAAGAUGGCAACCGAAAAAAGCCAGGUUCCUUCUGCUCCAGCUCCAGCCAUGGAUUCAUGUCGAAAGAAGAAGUCAGAUGAUGCAACUUUCUUGCAGGAUGUGAAAGAUCACAUCGAUGAGUUUAUUCAUGCUUCAAUGGAUGAACACAAGACCUGCUUCAAAAAGAGCAUCUCAAAGAUGUUUGGAAUGACCAAGAUUGUGGCAGAGAGAAAUGCUGCUGAGAACAAGGGAAUCGAGAGCUCACUUCCCCUUCGAACAGUUGUUUCUGAUUAAGAUCUACAACCAGCAUUUGGAUACUAUAAAAAAGAUGAGUUUACGCUUUAACGUAUGUCAAGAAUCCAUAAAAAGGGAACGCAUUACCUGAGUUGUUUUAGUGUAAUACUGAGGGGGAAUCUAGCCCGUUUCAGGGAAUGAGAUUCAUCAUCCGUUAUCUAGUAAAGACUCGUUUUAUUCUAUCAAAUGAGUCCGGUUCUUAUUUCCAAUCCCUGGUUAUUACCCCGUAAUUUGUAGUUAGCAUAAACGAUUGUCUCAAAGGUUAGGUUGGUUUACUCACGGGACGAUGUUGUUGUUGUUUGUUACAGUUGUCGAUUAAUGUAUGCUUGUGUAUGUACUUGGUCGUACAUAGUUGAAUUGUUUACUAAAUAACGUCUGCUUAUAUCUUAUUCCUUUCGGAUUCUGUUUUCUGA